UGAUACAGAUGAUGACCUGCAGCUUCAGCUCUGGAGCUGCUGUGACGGACACAUAUCAGAGUGACACGCUGACCCCCCCCUCAGGGAGAAACCAUGAAGGUCACAGACAGCAGCGUGAUCCGCUUACACCUUCAGGUCCUCUAUGGGAUUUCUGUGAAGCGUCUGGAGAAGAGAAAGGAGAGGCUGGUCCUGAGCGGGGCAAAGGUCUUCGGGGUUCCGUUGGAGAGCUUACCUAGACAGUACCUGCCCGAGUUUGGGCUAGUGCCGUGCUUCUUGGUGGAUUCCUGCUCUUUUCUGCUGGAGCGUGCCGGGAGUGUGGGCCUGUUCAGGAAGUCGGGCUCUCUGCCUCGCAUCAAGGCGCUCAGGGCCAAACUGAACGGCGGUGAGGGCUGCCUGUCCACGGCCCCGCCGUACGACGUCGCUGCCCUCAUCAAACAGUUCUGCAGGGAGCUUCCAGAGCCGCUCCUGCCAUGCGAGCUCCAUGCAGCUCUACUGAAGGCGCAGACGCUGCCCGGCCUGCAGGACAGGAUGUCUGCCCUCCAGCUGCUGUCCUGCCUGCUGCCUGCAAGAAACUGCUCCAGUCUGCAUUACCUCUUUCACUUCCUGUCCAAAGUUUCUCAGAGAUGCUCUGAAAACCUGAUGACCAGCUCAAACCUGGCGACGGUCUUCAUGCCGUGUCUUUUGCCGCCUCCAAACAAGACGGAAAUGUCCCAAGUCCGGCUGGAGCUGCGAGUCCUCGUCCUGCAGACCUUCAUCGAAAACCCCCAUCUGUUUGGAGUGAUUCCCAAAGCUGUAAUGGACAGCAUGGACUAUUUUCUGAAUUUCCAUCCUCAGAAGGAUGGAUGCUCAAAAAAGGGAAAGAAAAACAGUGUCAAAGCGUCUCUGAAGUCGAUGCCUUGGGUUCAGGGGAAGAGCAGACCCACAGUGUCCCAGAAUCGAACGCCCGUCGACAAACCCCGACUGAGGAGAAGCUCUGGCAUCAACAAUUUUCCCAACGUGCAACUUUUCAGGUCUACUCUGCCACAAGCAGAUUUCUGCAGAAUGGUGGAUGGGGAGAAACUGCAGCUCUCGAGCUGGAGACGACGUUCCUCACCUUUAGCCUGAGCUUCCUCUUCUCCCUGCACUAAUCCAGGAUGUUUUUAUUCUGUAAAGAGAAGGACCUCUAUUGCACUUUUUUUUGUGAAGUUGUUUUUAAAUAAAUAUCUUUUUGUCGACCGUUGACUGUG